AUGAUUCCGCAGGAUCCUAUGGUUUUUGCUUUAGAAAAGGAAGGAAGAUAUAAGAACUUGAAGAGGCGUUGUUCAGCUUGUAGUAUCGAUAAAAGGUGUUUGAAAUGUAGAUCGAAGGAAGAGGAGGAUGAUUUGGAGUUUGUGGUGGCACCCCGACAGAGGUUGGGGAAUGGUCUGGAGGAAGACCAUGUUAGCAGUAGUAGCUUAGAGAGAGAAGAAAGAUUUCAGGAAAGGAGAGCAGAGGUUGGUGAACAUAGGGAGGCAGAAGGAUCUAGUCCUCUUGCAGGUAGGACUAGAAGGAAGCAGAGGAUGGGAGAGGUCAUUCAAGCUCCGCUCCGACAAGCGGUCGGAAACAAUGGGCCAGUAAUGGUUAAGGUACCCUUUUCAAUAACGGAUUUGCGAUCAUGGAAAGAGACCGUGGGAAUAUACAGGGAGGACCUGGAAAGAGUGGCUAAGGUGGUUGAAACAAUCAUUAGAACCCAGGACCCAGAUUGGAAUGACAUACAGCUGGGAGAAGAGGAGGUAGAAUUUUUAGUCGAUACAGGAGCUAUCUACUCUGUACUUAAUACUUGCAAAGGGAAUCUCAGUCAACAAACUAUAAGCAUUAUUGGUGCCACAAGGCAGAAAGAGAAUCGGCCGUUUUUCCAGUCUUUGAAAUUUGGAAUUGGGAAAAGGGUGUUAACCCAUCAAUUUCUUUAUAUGCCAGAUUGCCCUGUACCGCUAUUAGGACGGGACAUAUUAAGUAAAUUGAACGCACAAAUCACUUUUGAAAAAGGGAAAAUCAAAAUCCGUAUUCCUGAAAAUAAAGCUCUAGAUGCCCAAGUUUUCAUGUUACAGAAGGAAACCGAGUCACCGGAGAUACCGGAAGAAGUUGAAAACACUGUAACGCCUCUCGUCUGGGCUUCAGGAACACCAGGACGGUCCCGAGCAGCAGAACCGGUAGUUAUCCAGCUGAAACCGGAUGCCAGACCAGUAAGACGGAAGCAGUACCCAAUUAAACUAGAAGCUAGAAAAGGAUUAGAACCAUUAAUAGAACAAUUCAUAAGUUUUGGGUUAUUAAGAGAAUGCCAAUCAGAAUACAACACUCCAAUGUUGCCAGUUAAAAAGCUGCAUUCAGAAGAAUAUAGAUUGGUCCAGGACUUAAGGGCUAUAAAUCAAAUUGUGCAAGAUGUCCACCCGGUAGUGGCAAACCUGUAUACUCUCUUGACCACCUUGAAGGAAACAGAUAAAUGGUUUACCGUAUUGGAUUUGAAAGAUGCUUUCUUUUGCCUUCCACUAGCAGCUGAGAGUCAGGAACUGUUCGCUUUCGGAUGGGAAAGCCCUAAGACUGGUAGAAAAACUCAAUUGUGCUGGACAGUAUUACCGCAAGGAUUUAAGAAUAGCCCUACAAUCUUUGGGAAUCAAUUAGCCAAGGAAUUAGAAGAUUGGCAAAAGAUGCAUGAAAAUAUCACCUUGCUGCAAUAUGUAGAUGACAUACUGCUGGCAGCCAGUAACAAGGAGGAUUCCAUACAAAUGACAAUAGACCUCCUAAACUUUUUGGGGCUGGCGGGGUAUAAGGUGUCCCGGAAGAAGGCACAGAUCACCCGACAGGAAGUAACAUACUUAGGGCUCACAAUUUCCCAGGGCCAGCGUAGCCUCGGAACAGAAAGGAAGGAGGCUAUUUGUCAAAUCCCAGAACCUAAAUCAAAACAAGAGCUUAGAGAAUUUCUUGGGAUGGCUGGAUGGUGUCGUUUAUGGAUAAUGAAUUUUGGACUCAUUGCCGAACCCUUAUAUGAAGCAAUACAAGGGGGAGGAAACCUCCUUGUUUGGACUCAAGAAUGCAGAGAUGCAUUUACAAAAUUGAAACAGACUUUAAUGAGUGCCCCGGCUCUAGGCCUCCCGAAUUUAGAAAAACUGUUUGAACUUUUUGUACAUGAAAGAUUACAUGUUGCAUUAGGAGUAUUGGCCCAGAAACUAGGAUCGUGGAAAAGACCCAUGGGGUACUUUUCAAAACAGCUAGACAACGUCAGUAAAGGAUGGCCAGCAUGUCUCCGAGCAGUAGCGGCUACAAUACUAUUGAUCCAAGAGGCCCGGAAAUUGACGCUCGGGCAAAAGUUAACUGUGUUUGUGCCUCAUGCAGUUACAGCAGUUCUAGAACAAAAAGGAGGACACUGGUUGUCACCAAGCCGGAUACUGAACUAUCAGGCCAUUCUUUUGGAACAAGACGAUGUGGAGCUGAAAGUAACCACGAUCCUGAAUCCAGCGACCUUUCUAACUACUGAUCCUGAUGGAGGAGAAUUAACCCACGACUGUUUGCAAACGAUGGAGCAGACGUACUCCAGCAGAGCGGACUUGAAAGACAUGCCAAUGGAGAAUGUGGACUGGGACCUGUUUGUAGAUGGUAGUAGCUUUAUGCGGGACGGAACGUGGAAAGCGGGAUAUGCCGUGGUAACCAUUAAAGAGGUAAUUGAGGCUAAAGCUCUGUCAUCUAAUAUGUCGGCCCAAAAGGCAGAGCUCAUAGCCUUACUAAGGGCAUUAGAAUUGUCAAAGGACAAGACUGUCAAUAUAUGGACAGAUUCAAAGUUUGCCUUUGGGAUAGUCCAUGCUCAUGGGGCCAUUUGGAAAGAGAGGGGACUCCUAACUUCUCAAGGAUCUCCAGUUAAAUAUGGGCCAAUGACCCAACAAUUGUUACAAGCAAUUAAUUUGCCUAAACUAGUGGCCAUCAUACAUUGUAAGGCGCACCAACUCGGAAACAGUCCAGUGCAUAUAGGGAACCGAAUGGCAGAUAAAGCUGCGAAAGAGGCAGCAGAGAAUAAAGUAUUACUAGUUUUACCGGAAAAGGUCCAGAGGUUGGGACCUAGGAGUCCGCAGUAUACACCAGAAGACAACCAACUGGCUAAUUUAUUGAAGGCAAAUAAGAACCAAGAAGGGUGGGUUAAACAACUAUUUAAGAAUACCACCCAAAGAUCUAACCCGGACAACAGGCACUGCGGCUACUCAGACCCCGGCAACAGGCACUGCGACUACUCCAACCACCUCAACAGACACGGCGGCUACUCAGACCCCAGCGACAGGCACUGUGGCUACUCCAACCACCGCAACAGACACGGCAGCUACUCCAACCCUGGUGACAGGCACUGCGGCUGA